AUUUACGUCACUCAUGUACUCAAACUCAACGUUACACUUCAACAAGGGGCUCUUUUGUGGCAAGGCCCUUAUUUCCAAAUCGGUUGAACUCGCACAUCCAGAGAAACUUCAGAUUAUUCUCUCUUUGUUACUUUAAAAACAUUUAACUGUAUCUCGUCUUCAUAUUUUGAGAAAAGAAACCCAAAAACUCAUUGCUGUGAAAGGUACAUGACCAUAAUCUUUUGAAACAAAUCUAGCUCUUGCAACUUGAUAUGGCUACUGGUGAAAAUGGAAAGCUAGUUAAAGAGGAGGUAGAAUCUGCUGGCGAUGAUAACAUUACCAACAACUCUGAAGAAACAUUUGAUGCACUUGAAAUUGUUAUCCCAAAGAAGGAAUUUGAGCCAGAACACAUCAAAAUUGAAGAUGUCAACAAUCUUGUUUAUCAUGAUCUAAAAUUUGAAAAUUAUCUGGACGAAGUGAAGGAAGAUUUUCAUUGUGAGGUGUGUGGAGGAGGUUUAUCUAGUGUAACUAAUUUCUUCAGCUCCAAUAGUUUGAAAACCCUUUGUUGUAACUGCCAAGGCCAGAAUGAGUAUAAUGCCAUGCAAAGUGAAAAUACAAGGGAUUUGAAACCAAGCUUUGGCUCAGAUUCUGAAAAGUUUCUGUUUAAAACCCAGGAAGACACUGUCUUUAGAAAGAAAGAGGAAGGUACCAAUGAGUCCAUGCCAUCAACAUCAUCUGGAAAAGAAUUCACGUCAUCAACUCAAAGUUGUGAAUUGAAAAGACGUGAAAACAUUCAUACUGGCAAAAAACCGUUUCAGUGUAAAAUCUGCUCCAAGUCAUACCUUCAAAGAAGCAGUUUAAAAAGACAUGAAGAAAUUCAUACUGAGAAAAAACCAUUUCAGUGUAAAAUAUGCUCCAAAUCUUUCAUUCAAAGUGUCAAUUUGAAUCGCCAUGAAAAAAUGCAUACUGAGAAAAACCUAUUUCUCUGUAAGAUCUGCUCCAAGUCAUUCAUUCAAAGUAGUGAUUUGAAGAGACAUGAAGUAAUUCACACUGGUGAAAAACCAUUUCAGUGUAAAAUCUGCUCUAUAUCAUUCAGUGAUUAUAGUAAUAUGAUAAGACAUGAAAAAACUCAUAAUAGCGAAAAACCAUUUCAGUGUAAAAUCUGCUUCAAGUCAUACUUUCAAAGUAGUAAUUUAAAAAGACAUGAAGACAUUCACACUGAUAAAAAACCAUUUCAGUGUAAAAUUUGCUUUAAAUAUUUCACUCAACAAUAUAGUUUGAAAUUUUCAGAGUUUCAUAGUAUUUCGUUGCAUUUGAUUUAA